AUGCCAACAUCCAAGCCGGCCGAGGCAUUCAACCAGACCAGAGCUGGGCAGGCGAAGAAGCUGGAAAGUUUUGUGAAGGAGCUCAAGGCGGUUUUUGGCCAAGCGCUACCAAGGCAUGGCAGCUAUAAGAAUGUUACAGUUAUUGCCUUUCACUGGGACAACAAUCAAAUGAGAGUUACUCGACUAGAGGUUGAGUUGCUGGAUAUCUUCAAGCCUAUGGAUCAUGCGUGGAUCGUAUUGGUGGUGCGCAAGCGUGACAUUAACAAGCGUAUGCUGGUAAAGGAACCCUCGAAAAAUGCCGGUGACCGCAAAGGAUGA